CAGCACCCAGCCGGUCGGGUGGAAGAAGUCGUAUGCCGACGGAUGUAAUCUUGGCAGAGAAUUCCCUCUUCUCCCUGGGCAUACAUGGUGAAACUCCCAUGGGAUCAGAGUGUAUGGAGAUGCGAAAGCGUCAGAUGUCGGUGCAGCAGGAGUCGAUGGCGGGUGGCACGGCACCGACCCAGCAGGACCCUAGCCAGAGCCAGAACCAGGGAAACCAGAACCAGGGGAAUCAGAGCCAGGUGAACCAGAGAGGGAACAACGCCUGUUGCUUCUGCUGGUGCUGCUGCUGUAGCUGUUCCUGGAACGAGGAGCGUGAGGAGAGGAACCGCCGGGCGUCCUACGACCUCAAGGCUGAGGGAACGGCCGACUGCGAGGACAGCCCCCCUCCCACUCUGGAGGAGGUCCGUUCCUGGGCCCAGUCGUUUGACCGACUGAUGUCGUGCGCUGCUGGCCGAGUGGCGUUUAGGUUGUUCCUGUGUACAGAGUUCAGUGAGGAGAACAUGUUAUUCUGGCUGGCUUGUGAGGAGUUCACCAAGGAAACCAACAAGACCUCCAUUGAGGAGAAGGCACGGAUCAUUUACGAGGACUACAUCUCCAUCCUCUCACCCAAAGAGGUGAGUCUGGACUCCCGUGUUCGGGAGGUGAUCAACAAGAACAUGUUGGAGCCGUCGUCCCAGACCUUCGUUGAUGCUCAGGUGCAGAUCUACACGCUGAUGCAAAGAGACUCCUACCCCCGAUACAUGAACUCCCCCGCCUACAAGAACCUGCUCAACUCCCUCUCAGAGCAGGCCCCUGAGUUCUAACUCAGCACUCUCAGAGCAGGCCCGUGAGUCCUAACUCAGCACUCUCAGAGCAGGCCCCUGAGUCCUAACUCAGCACUCUCAGAGCAGGCCCCUGAGUCCUAACUCAGCAUUCUCAGAGCAGGCCCCUGAGUCCUAACUCAGCACUCUCAGAGCAGGCCCCUGAGUCCUAACUCAGCACUCUCAGAGGAGGCCCCUGAGUCCUAACUCAGCACUUUCAGAGGAGGCCCCUGAGUCCUAACUCAGCACUCUCAGAGCAGGCCCUGAGUCCUAACUCAGCACUCUCAGAGCAGGCCCCUGAGUCCUAACUCAGCACUCUCAGAGCAGGCCCCUGAGUCCUAACUCAGCACUCUCAGAGCAGGCCCCUGAGUCCGAACUCAGCACUCUCAGAGCAGGCCCCAGAGACCUAACUCAGCACUCUCAGAGUAGGUCUCCGAGUCCUAAGUCAACACUCUUUGUUCUAGAGUCUUAGGUGACAACAAACCUGGGAUCGUCUCUCUUUUCUCAUUUCCAUUUGGUUUGAAUGUUAGUGAAGAGAAGGGGUGGCCAACCUUCCUCCUGGAGAGCUAUUACAUGUGCUAUAACUGUCUGCACACCCAGUAGCUCUCUAGGAGUGUAGAGGAUGUGAAGCGGGCCUCUGACCUGACCUAGCCCUGUCCCCAUGACCUGGCUCCGCGCUACAGAGACGUCACCUGACUAAAGACACUCAGGGUUCUACUGUCCGAGAAGUCUACUCGCCGAGGGCUCUACUAUUCUGAAGGAUCUAUUCUACUGGGCUCAGCUCCUCUGAGGGUGAGGGCUCCAUUGCCCCCAGGGCUCUACUCCCUUAAGGCUCCAUUCCCCCCAGGGCUCUACUCCCUUAAGGCUCCAUUUCCCCCAGGGCUCUACUCCCUUAAGGCUCCAUUCCCCCCAGGGCUCUACUCCCUUAAGGCUCCAUUCCCCCCAGGGCUCUACUCCCUUAAGGCUUCAUUCCCUCCAGGGCUCUACUCCCUUAAGGCUCCAUUCCCCCCAGGGCUCUACUCCCUUAAGGCUCCAUUCCCUCCAGGGCUCUACUCCCUUAAGGCUCCAUCCCCCCAGGGCUCUACUCCCUUAAGGCUCCAUCCCCCCCAGGGCUCUACUCCAUUAAGGCUCCAUUCCCCCCAGGGCUCUACUCCCUUAAGGCUCCAUUCCCCCCAGGGCUCUACUCCCUUAAGGCUCCAUUCCCCCCAGGGCUCUACUCCCUUAAGGCUCCAUUCCCCCCAGGGCUCUACUCCGUUAAGGCUCCAUCCCCCCAGGGCUCUACUCCCUUAAGGCUCCAUUCCCCCCAGGGCUCUACUCCCUUAAGGCUCCAUUCCUCCCAGGGCUCUACUCCCUUAAGGCUCCAUUCCCCCCAGGGCUCUACUCCCUUAAGGCUCCAUUCCCCCCAGGGCUCUACUCCCUUAAGGCUCCAUUCCCCCCAGGGCUCUACUCCCUUAAGGCUCCAUUCCCCCCAGGGCUCUACUCCCUUAAGGCUCCAUCCCCCCAGGGCUCUACUCCACACCACCAUUACUGCUCCAGAUCAACACACUCCAAAGGAAUAUAUAGUUUUAGAAAAAAAUCAUCUACAUUUUAUUUGUGUACAAGUUAUUUUAUUGUGUGUUAUAAUUGUUUAUUAUUUGUAUAAUUGUUUGGAUGGACAAAUGAUGCCUACUUGGGCAAUAUUAUAUAUAUUUAUGCGUUUGUAAAUAGACAAAAGGGAAUUGUGGGUAAACUGCAUAUGAGAAUCAAGCGGGUGUCCCAAUUGACACCCUAUUCACUAUAUAGUGCACUACCUAAUGGGCCCUGGUCUAAAGUAGUGAACUAUAUAGUGCACUACCUAAUGGGCCCUGGUCUAAAAUAGUGAACUAUAUAGUGCACUACCUAAUGGGCCCUGGUGUAAAGUAGUGAACUAUAUAGUGCACUAACUAAUGGGCCCUUGUCUAAAAUAGUGAACUAUAUAGUGCACUACCUAAUGGGCCCUGGUGUAAAGUAGUGAACUAUAUAGUGCACUACCUAAUGGGCCCUGGUGUAAAGUAGUGAACUACAUAGGCAACUAUAUAGACUUUGCCCAAGUCAAAUCUACGUUAUACAUUUAUUUCCUCCAAAAUGGCUCCCUAUCCCCUACAUAGAGCACUACUACAUUAUAAUCUAUGGGAAUAAUCAAAUCCAAUUCUAUUCGUCACAUGCUUCGUAAACAGGUGUAGACUAACAGUGAAAUGCUUCCCCACAAUGCAGAGAGAGAAAAUAGAAAAAUAAUAGAAAAGUAAUAACAUACAAUAAUAAAAGUAAUAAUAAAUACACAAUAAGUAACGAUAACUUGCUAUAUACACAGGAUACCAGUACCAAGUCAAUGAGUAACGAGGCUAUAUACACAGGGUACCAGUACCAAGUCAAUGAGUAACGAGGCUAUAUACACAGGGUACCAGUACCAAGUCAAUGAGUAACGAGGCUAUAUACACAGGGUACCAGUACCAAGUCAAUGAGUAACGAGGCUAUAUACACAGGGUACCAGUACCAAGUCAAUGAGUAAUGAGGCUAUAUACACAGGAUACCAGUACCAAGUCAAUGAGUAACGAGGCUAUAUACACAGGGUACCAGUACCAAGUCAAUGAGUAAUGAGGCUAUAUACACAGGAUACCAGUACCAAGUCAAUGAGUAACGAGGCUAUAUACACAGGAUACCAGUACCAAGUCAAUGAGUAACGAGGCUAUAUACACAGGAUACCAGUACCAAGUCAAUGAGUAACGAGGCUAUAUACACAGGGUACCAGUACCAAGUCAAUGAGUAACGAGGCUAUAUACACAGGGUACCAGUACCAAGUCAAUGAGUAACGAGGCUAUAUACACAGGGUACCAGUACCAAGUCAAUGAGUAACGAGGCUAUAUACACAGGGUACCAGUACCAAGUCAAUGACUAACGAGGCUAUAUACAUGGGGUAGUGUGCAGGGGUACGAGGUAGUCGAGGUAGAUAUAUACAUGUAGGUAGGGAUAAAGUGACUAGGCAACAGGAUAGAUAAUAAACAGCAGCAGUAGACUGUAGGUAGGGGUAAAGGAUAGAUAAUAGACAGUAACAGCAGUAUACUGUGAUAUGAGAUAUGUACAUGUAGGUAGGGAUAAAGUGACUAGGCAACAGGAUAGAUAAUAAACAGCAGCAGUAGACUGUAGGUAGGGGUAAAGGAUAGAUAAUAGACAGUAACAGCAGUAUACUGUAGGUAGGGGUAAAGGAUAGAUAAUAGACAGUAACAGCAGUAUACUGUAGGUAGGGGUAAAGGAUAGAUAAUAGACAGUAACAGCAGUAUACUGUAGGUAGAGGUAGUCGAGGUAGAUAUGUACAUGUAGGUAGGGAUAAAGUGACUAGGCAACAGGAUAGAUAAUAAACAGCAGCAGCGAAUAUGAAGAGUAAAUAAACAGUGUUUGCAAAAAGGGUCAAUGCAGAUAGUUAAAUAGUUAACCAAUAGCUACCCAGACUAACUAUCUUAUUGCUUGAAGGUAGAAGCUGUUCAGUGUCCUGUUGGUUCCAGACUUGGUGCAUCGGUAGCGCUUGCUAUGCGGCAGUAGAGAGAACAGUCUAUGUAGCUGUAGUGUUUGACAAUUUUUAGGGCCUUCUUCUGACACCGCCUGGCCCUGGAUGACAGGAAGCUUGGCCCCGGUGAUGUACUGGGCUGUACCCACUACCCUCUGUAGUGCCUUACGGUCGGAUAUCAAGCUGCUGCCAUACCAGGCGGUGAUGCAACCGGUCAGGAUGCUCUCGAUGGUGCAGCUGUAGAGCUUUUUGAGGAUCUGAAAGCCAAUGCCAAUCUUUUCAGCCUCCUGAGGGUGAAGAGCCAUUGUCGUGCCCUCUACACGGCUGUGUUGGUGUGUGUGGACCAGGAUAGGUCUUCAGUGAUGUGGACACCGAGCAACUUGAUGCUCUCGACGCGCUCCAUAACAGCCCUGUUGAUGUGAAUAGGGGUGUUUCCCAUAGUCCACAAUCAGCUCCGUUGUCUUGGUGAAGUUGAGGUUGUUGUCCUGGCACCACACUGCCAGGUCUCUGGCCUCCUCCCUAUAGGCUUUCUCAUCGUUGUGGGUGAUCAGGCCUAGCACCGUUGUGUCGCCAGCAAACUGUUGGAGCAGUUUGGCCAUGCAGUCGUGGCUGAACAGGGUGUACAGGAGGGGACUGAACCUGUGUUGAACAUCAGCGUGGUGGAUAUGUUGUUGCCAACCCACACCACCUGUGGGAGGCCCGUCAGGAAGUCCAGGAUCCAGUUGCAGAGGGAGACGUUUAGUCCCAGGGUCCUUAGCUUCGUGAGCACUAUGGUGUUGAACGCUGAGCUGUAGUCAAUGAACAGAUAGAUAAUGAUCUCUGUUAACAGUAGUCCAGUUAGGGCUAGAUAAUGACAUGUUAACAGUAGUCCAGUUAGGGCUAGAUAAUGACAUGUUAACAGUAGUCCAGUUAGGGCUAGAUAAUGACAUGUUAACAGUAGUCCAGUUAGGGCUAGAUAAUGACAUGUUAACAGUAGUCCAGUUAGGGCUAGAUAAUGACAUGUUAACAGUAGUCCAGUUAGGGCUAGAUAAUGACAUGUUAACAGUAGUCCAGUUAGGGCUAGAUAAUGACAUGUUAACAGUAGUCCAGUUAGGGCUAGAUAAUGACAUGUUAGUCCAGUUAGGACUAGAUAAUGACAUGUUAACAGUAGUCCAGUUAGGGCUAGAUAAUGACAUGUUAACAGUAGUCCAGUUAGGACUAGAUAAUGACAUGUUAACAGUAGUCCAGUUAGGGCUAGAUAAUGACAUGUUAACAGUAGUCCAGUUAGGACUAGAUAAUGACAUGUUAACAGUAGUCCAGUUAGGGCUAGAUAAUGACAUGUUAACAGUAGUCCAGUUAGGGCUAGAUAAUGACAUGUUAACAGUAGUCCAGUUAGGGCUAGAUAAUGACAUGUUAACAGUAGUCCAGUUAGGGCUAGAUAAUGACAUGUUAACAGUAGUCCAGUUAGGGCUAGAUAAUGACAUGUUAACAGUAGUCCAGUUAGGGCUAGAUAAUGACAUGUUAACAGUAGUCCAGUUAGGGCUAGAUAAUGACAUGUUAACAGUAGUCCAGUUAGGGCUAGAUAAUGACAUGUUAACAGUAGUCCAGUUAGGGCUAGAUAAUGACAUGUUAACAGUAGUCCAGUUAGGGCUAGAUCAUGACAUGUUAACAGUAGUCCAGUUAGGGCUAGAUAAUGACAUGUUAACAGUA